AGUAACUAGCGAGCUUGAGAGAACCCGUGGAGGGUGCUGCGAGCUCCCUGUGAGGCCCGCCCACGAAGCCUGGCAGAAAGCUUGGCUCGCCCCUUUACUCCUGCUGCCUCUGAGAUGCCCUCCCCCCCAAAUGAUGGAGAGGAUCAAGGAGCGUCCCCCGUGAACGGCCCAUCUGUGGGCUCCUACCAGAGCAGCGGGAAGAGGAAGGUGCAUUCCAAGAAGAAGAAAGGCACCAUCACUGCCAAUGUUGCUGGCACAAAAUAUGAAAUAGUUCGUACAGUUAUCAGCGAGAUGGGCUUCAUCAAAUCACGUGAUGAUGAUGAGACUGCCAACCUCAUCUGGAAUGACUCUGCCGUGCAGCAUGAGAAAAUUGCUGAACUCAGGAACUAUCAGAGAAUUAACCAUUUCCCUGGCAUGGGCGAAAUCUGCCGCAAAGACUGCCUAGCGAGAAACAUGUCCAAAAUGAUCAAGUGCCAGCCUCAGGAGUACAGCUUUAUACCUAAAACUUGGAUCUUCCCGGCUGAGUAUACUCAGUUCCAGAACUAUGUCAAAGAGCUUCGCAGGAAACGCAAGCAGAAAACCUUUAUUGUCAAACCUGCCAACGGUGCUAUGGGUCAUGGGAUCUCGCUUAUUCGUAACUGUGAGAAGCUGCCAGCCCAGGAACACUUUAUUGUUCAGGAGUACCUGGACAAGCCCUUUCUGAUGGAGGGCUACAAGUUUGACCUCCGCAUCUACAUCCUGGUCACAUCCUGUGACCCACUUCGCAUUUUCCUUUACAAUGACGGCCUGGUUCGUAUGGGCACAGAGAAGUACCACGCACCCACCGAGGACAACCUGAGCCAGCUCUACAUGCAUUUGACAAACUACUCGGUCAACAAACACAAUGAGAACUUUGAGCGAGACGAGACAGUGGACAAAGGCAGUAAGAGGUCCAUAAACUGGUUCACGAAGUUCCUCCACAUGAAUGACUACGAUGUGGCCAAGUUCUGGGGAGACAUCUCAGAAUUAGUGGUGAAAACAUUAAUAGUGGCUGAGCCUCAUGUGCUGCACGCUUACCGCAUGUGCCGCCCUGGACAGCCACCAGGGAGCGACAGCGUCUGCUUUGAGGUCUUGGGCUUUGACAUCAUACUGGACCGUAAACUCAAACCCUGGCUGCUGGAGAUCAAUCGAGCUCCGAGCUUUGGAACCGAUCAGAAGAUUGAUUAUGAUGUGAAGAAAGGAGUACUGCUCAAUGCUCUCAAACUCUUAAAAAUUAGGGCCAGUGAUAAAAAACGUAACCUGGCCCAACAAAAGGCAGAAGCUCAAAGACGACUUUAUGGGCAUGGCUCUAUGAAGAAACUCUCAGCGUCUUCCUCUGACAGAGAGAAAAAGCGUCACACACUAGAACGAAGAAAAGAAGAACUGAAAGAGCAACUAGCCCAAGUUCGCAAACAAACUUCCAGAGAAGAGCAUGAAAACCAACAUCUGGGGAAUUACAGACGUAUUUACCCCCCAGACGACAAGCUGCUGUUGGAAAAGUAUGAAAGCCUGCUCUCGGCCGCCUUUCAGACCUUCCUCGCCGGGCGAGCUGCCUCACUUCAAAAGGAAAUGAAUAAUCCUCUGAAACGAAUGAAGGCACUAACGGUUCUGAGUUAA